AUGCUUAUCGGUAUCUGCGGAGGGAUCUGUGCCGGGAAGAAGACAGUAGCCCAGUAUCUUGUCGACCACCAUGGCUUCCAGCGCAUUUAUCUUGAUGUCCCAACCACCAGCGCAGCAGCCUGCGGCCUGCCUCCGAAAGACGGAAACGCUUCAUCAUCUGCCGCCAUAAACAGCCUGACUGCCAGAACCGACCCCUUGCUGCCCAGUAUCGAUGGAACGAGCUUGGCCCUGCCCUCACGACUUACCUUCACCUCGCCGCAAGCCCUGCUCGACUUUGUCACCCCACGCUGGAGAGACCGUUGGGUCCUGACCGACAUCCAAAACGAAUCGGUCCUCGACGUCCUAGCCACCCGCCCCUUCUUCCUCCUCGUCAGCGUCGAUGCUCCCAUCACCAUCCGUUGGCGCCGUUACCAAGUCGUCCGAUCCUUUGCUGCUGUUACUUCUGCUGCUGUUACUUCUGCUGCUGUUACUUCUGCUGCUGUUACUUCUGCUGCUGUUACUUCUGCUGCUGCUGCUGCUGCUGCGGCCCCCAACGGCACCAAGACCCCAAGAUCCGCGUCCCCAUCGACGACGCUCCCCGACAUCCCCAACCUCGAAUCCUUCGUCGCCCACUCCGACGCCCGCCUCUACCACCCGCAGUCAGGCCUGCAACCCCUCAUCUCCCGCGCCACCGUCCGCCUCCUCAACACCUCCCCCUCCCUGCCCCACCUCUACGCCACCCUCGCCAAGAUCGACCUCCCCAGCCCAGCCCGCCUCCGGCCCUCAUGGGACGCCUACUUCAUGGCCCUCGCCACGCUGGCCUCCCUGCGCUCGAACUGCAUGAAGCGCCGCGUCGGCGCCGUCCUCGUCUCGGGCGCCGAGCGCCGCGUCCUCUCGACAGGUUACAACGGCACCCCGCGCGGCCUCCGCAACUGCGGCGACGGCGGCUGCCCGCGCUGCAACGACGGCGGGCCCGCCUCCGCCUCCGGCUCCUCGCUCGUCACCUGCCUCUGCAUCCACGCCGAGGAGAACGCGCUGCUCGAGGCCGGCCGCGAGCGCAUCCCCCCGGGCGCCGUCCUCUACUGCGACACCUGCCCCUGCCUCACCUGCAGCAUCAAGAUCUGCCAGGUCGGCAUCCGGGAGGUCGUCUACGCCCAGGGCUACAGCAUGGAUACCCAGGCCGCGGCUGUUUUCAGCGAGGCGGGUGUCAAGUUGCGCCAGUUCGUCCCUCCACCAAACGGACUCAUCCAUCUCGAGAAUGUAGAAAAGAUGGAACUUUACUAG